GAUGCAGCAGCACCUGGGAAAGUGCAAGUACGAUCAGCUAGCAAUGGUGCGCUCAAUGUUCAUGCGCAAGAGCGAAGCCGGCAUCCUGCAGCUCAAGCGCGAGCUCUUCGCCACCUGGAGGGAAGAGGUGGAAGAGUACAAGAUUGACAAGGAUGUCUGGCAUGAGGUCAAGAAAGUGGAGAAACAGCUACACACUCUGAAAGAGAAACAGGCUGGGCGGAUGAAGCACGUUGUUGAAUCAGUGACGGUCGAGUCUUGCACCGGCCUGAUCACAGCUUGCCUCAGGGCAUGGCAGGGGGAGGUCGGCAGCAAGCAUAAGGAGGUGGAGCUACAGCAAUGGCUGGUGGCUACGCGGAAAAAGAUAGUUCAGCUAAAGGAGGCGAACCGAAAGCUGACGCGCACCACAUGCUCACGACUGUCGGAUCAAUUUGAUGUUGGAUUGCUCAGCAUCGCGAUGCGCUCGUGGGUCCAGACACUGCAGGAGUCCAAACAAAGCAGCGGCAUGGCCGAGAGCCUGUCUUCUGUUCAGGGCAAGCUCUCGUCCUUUGGGGCAAGGAACGCCGUGUCCGCUUGGAAGUGCAUGCAGCAGGCGGCAGAAUACCACGACGAGCUCCUCACCCUUAGGUGCUUCCAUGCCUGGCGAUUGGAUCAGACAAUGUCCAUGAUUGCUUCGCAACAUGGAGCAGUCAUUGAGGGCAAGCGAGCGCAGUUGCAGAAUGUGCAGUUCAUGUUCCGCAAUUUUGCCUUGAAGCUGGAAGCGGAGGCGCAGGAAAUGAAGAAGCAUAGCUGGAAGCGGGAGAGGCGGAUACACAGCAAGGGCGAACAUACGGUGUCCCUGCCGGAUAUCCAUGCUCGUCCUGGUGCCCAACAUGGACUCAGCGAGCCAAAGGGCGCAGGCGAGAAAGCUGCGAUGACAUGGACAGGCUGA